CGAAAGUAAAGUGGAGACGGACCAGAUAACUUCCGGUGAAACAAAGAUGGCGCUGCCCGUGUUGAGAGGUUGUUUCAGGUCUCCAUCAACAUUAAGCUUUACUCGACUGUUUUUAAAUGAAGGGAUCCUCCUAAACCCGUCCAGAAAGACUCGGAUACCCUCUUCAACACAUGCCGGGGUGACAGCAGCGGUCAGGCCGUACAGCUCGGACCGGGGUGGGCAGAAACCGGUCCAGAAGGUGGUGGUGGUCGGGAUCACGAAUCCUUUUAUCUGGUUCCGGACGCGGAUAUAUUACUUUCUGAUCAGAGCUUACUUUGAUAGAGAGUUCAGCAUCGAGGAGUUCACGGAGGGGGCGAAGCAGGCUUUCUCUCAUGUGUCCAGUCUGCUGUCCAAAUGUCAGUUUGAAGGAUUGGAGGGUCUUGUGGCGAAAGAUCUGAUUGAGAAGCUGGAGGAGAAGUGUAACCUGAUGCCAUCGAGCUACAAGAAAGCUCUGUCUGCAGAUCCUGAGGAGAUCAUGUACACCACCCCUGCAGAUGUGGGGAUCUACUACGAUGAUGACGGUAGGAAGUUUGUCAGUAUUCUGAUGCGUUUCUGGUAUCUGACGAGCGCCCGACUUCCUGAUGACACCUUGGAGGGAACCCGUAUCUUCCAGGUGGCCUUUGGUGGAGAGGGAGAGGCAGAAACAAAGAGACUUCUGACUGCAAAUUAUGAAUUCCAAAGGGAGUUUACUAAAGGAGUGAGUCCAGACUGGACCAUUACGAGGAUAGAGCACUCCAAGCUUUUGGAUUAAGCUGGAUUUCAUUGGAGGCGUCUUUCCACUGGAAACGAGUCAAAGACACUCCCCUCAGUUUUUACUUACACUGCAAAACAAAAAGGAAAAACUGAAGGGACAAAUGUUCUCCCUGGACAGUCAGAGGAGUCAGGAGACAAACUUGGGUUAUGCACUCGUCAUUGUAGAAGAGAUAUGAACCAAUCACGUCUGCUCAUAGAACGUUUGUGUAGAACUGUGUGCAAUGAAAGUGUUUGUUAUGGUUUUCUGCACUGUCUCUGAAAUCACCAAAAGAUCUGUGAUCUGUGAUCUUGACUUGGUUUCUCUAACUUUCACUCUCUCAGAGGAACCUGAUAUCAGAUCCAGUUUGUAAUUUAUAGCCUUAUUUUAACUAUUGUGUAAGAUCACAUGGAUGGGGCUUGAUAGAUGUAGGCGUGAUUAACACUUGUGCCAGGAAAGUCUUGCAUCUUGUUUCUAUUUUGAAAAGACUGAUCGGUGUCUGAUUCUGUAAUUUAAGUUGGAGAACUUUAGUGUUUUAUGUUGGACUGUGCGGUAUGAAGGGGAUGAAUCUGAAUGUGCAAAAGAAAGUGUCUUUUUUUUCCCUAUCCAAAACACAUGACCUGUUGCAAUCACUUGACUCUGUAGUGCAUAGUAUACAGUAUAUGUACUGUAUGUGUAUACAUGUGUUUGCAAUGGUAAAGGCAGCUGCUGCAGACUUUUGAUUCUUAUAUUAAAAAUCUGAAAAA